UAAAGGGUACCCUAAAAUAAAAACUUGGAUAAUUCCCGAAACCAAAAAGCAGUCUUAUUCUUUGUCCGUGUUAUUUAGCAGGCUCUGACUUGGAAUUAUUCAUCUUCCCCUUCUUCCCCUUCUUCCCCCUUUGCUCUCGUCCAUAUUCCGAAAGUUUGCUUAUUUGAGGUUGAAUCAGCGGUCAAGUGUGAAAGAAGAAGAUGUGGGCAGCUUCGUGCCUGGCAUCAUGCUGCGCUGCUUGCGCUUGUGAUGCUUGCCGGACAGUGGUGUCAAGUAUUAGCCGCCGGUCUGCUAGGAUUGCUUACUGUGGGCUCUUUGCGCUUUCUUUGAUAGUUUCAUGGAUUCUCCGUGAGGUUGCGGCUCCUCUCCUCGAAAAGAUUCCUUGGAUUAAUCAGUUUAACGAGACACAUAACAGGGAGUGGUUCGAAACAGAUGCAGUGCUUCGUGUUAGCUUGGGAAAUUUUCUCUUCUUCACUAUUUUAUCAGUUAUGAUGGUUGGUGUGAAGAAUCAGAAGGAUCCCCGUGAUAGUUUGCAUCAUGGUGGAUGGAUGAUGAAAGUUAUAUGCUGGUGUCUCUUAGUGAUCUUCAUGUUUUUUGUACCAAAUGAGAUUGUUAGCUUCUAUGAGACAAUUUCAAAGUUUGGCUCGGGAUUUUUUCUUCUUGUACAAGUUGUACUUCUGUUGGAUUUUGUUCAUGGAUGGAAUGACAAAUGGGUUGGAUAUGAUGAGAAGUUCUGGUACGUUGCACUUUUUGUUGUUUCUCUUGUUUGUUAUCUGGCAACAUUUGUCUUCUCUGGACUUCUUUUCCAUUGGUUCACACCAUCUGGACAAGACUGUGGGCUCAACACCUUCUUUAUUGUCAUGACUCUCAUGUGUGUCUUCGUGUUUCUUAUAGUGGCACUGCAUCCUGCUGUAAAUGGCAGCAUUUUGCCAGCAUCAGUUAUAUCUAUGUACUGCACAUACCUCUGCUACAGUGCACUUGCCAGUGAACCUAGGGACUAUGAGUGCAAUGGUCUUCACAAGCACUCCAAAGCUGUUUCCACUGGGACACUUACCUUCGGUUUGCUAACCACUGUUCUUUCUGUGGUGUAUUCUGCUGUUCGUGCUGGAUCCUCCACAACACUUCUCUCCCCACCAGGUUCUCCCCGCGCAGGCGCUGGAAAGCCUCUGCUUCCAUUAGACAAGGUUGAUGAACACGAAGAAAAAGAGAAGUCCAAGCCAGUGUCAUAUUCGUAUUCAUUUUUCCACAUAAUCUUCUCUCUUGCUAGCAUGUACUCGGCCAUGCUUCUGACGGGGUGGUCAACCUCUGUUGGGGAGAGUGGGAAGUUGGUGGACGUUGGGUGGCCAUCUGUGUGGGUGAGGAUGGUGACUGGUUGGGCAACUGCAGGUCUGUACAUCUGGUCUCUUUUGGCUCCUAUUCUGUUCCCCGAGAGGGAAUUCUGAAGCCCGACACCACCAAACGAGAGAAAAAGGUUUGCUCAUUGACGUCAUUAAGUAUAUGUAUUGUGUGUACGCUUCUUCUAUUGUGUACUUAAAAAGUACUAUCAACUAUGUAAAUAGAAUGGCUUGUGCUUGACUUUUAGAAUAACCAAAUCUUGUUGGAAAAACUACAUGGUAUUGAGCUUGACAAUAUUAUCUUUUGAUGUCCCAGAAAA